AUGUUGAUGGCAUCUACAUUAACUACAUCACCAUCCACUUCCAGAACCUCAGCUACACCAAUAUGUUAUCAACGUUUUACCAAGGAGGUGUACAGUUUUUGGUGUUCACGAUUGGGACCAACAACAAAUUGUAUACCAGCUGAUUCAAUUCAAGCACUUUUUAAUGAUAUGCACUUAUAUCCGUCCAAAGCUCAAGUAUACGAAAUGAUUCAGUGUGCUCGUGUUUGUGGUACUCGUGCUACCAGUGGCGGUGUAGUAAAUCAAUUAACAAAUCUAACGCCACAACAAAAAUAUUUAACAUUUGGUGAAUUUUGUGUAUUCGCUGAUGAAUUAAGACGACAUGCAACAUCCACAUAUUUACAAAAAAAUCAUCAACAACAGAAUAAUUCACAACAUGAUGGUCGACAAAAACCUAUCAAUAAUAAUAACGCAAAUAUCACAAAUAAUCGAAUCCAAACAAAGUAUGAAGUCUUUUUGGGUGGCUCAUGUAAUCCCACAACAUGGCGUGCAGAUACUGCAAUACCAACAUUAAACAGUUGGGGCAUAUCAUAUUAUAAUCCACAAGUACCAAGUUGGAGUCCAGAAUUAAUCCAAAUUGAACAUCAUGCAAAACAAUCAGCCGAUGUAUUAUUAUUUGUUUUGGACAGUGAAACACGAUGUUUAGCUGGUAUGGUUGAAGUCGCACAACUUCACGCUGCUCAACGAUGUUUAGUUGUUGUUGCGUUUGCCUAUAAACCACGACAAUUGAUUUGCAAUGAAGCAAUUUCACCUCAGGAAUAUUUAGAUUUAUGGUAUGGACAAAAUACAUUAUUAGCUUUAUUACGUCAAGAUGAAACGCCAGUUUUUACAAAUCUUAAAUCUGCGUUACAGUGUACAGCACGAAUUUUACGUGAAUCGACUAACUCAAACGAGGAUUAUACUGAGGAAGUGCAUAUUGGUGAUAAAUUGAAUAAGCUCCGUGAUGCCUUCAAUGCAGCCGAUCGAACAAAAUCUGGAAACUUGUCCCUAGCCGAAGUAUGUGAUGCAUAUCAUAUGGUAACACGUAAUACCUUAAGUAUAUCCGAUUUAAAAUUAAUCGUCCGGAACCAUACAGACAAUGAUCACCAAAAUACAAUUGAUAUCAAUGAUAUGCGUAUUACAUUCGAACAAUUCUGUGGUAUUGUUACGGAAUUCACACAAUCAUCCACAACAUUAUUAAAUGGAAACAGCAAUGGCAUUGAUUUGGAUCUUCACAGCAGUAGAGAUUGGGCUUCAAAUCAAUCAUUACACAGUAAUAACAAUACAAAUUACGAAACAAUUGAUAAUAAUGGUUGCAUAACAACAUUAGUAAACGAUUAUCAUCGUAACAAUAUCAAAAAUUCUUUAGGAGUAUCCAGCAUACAUUUAGAUAAUCCAACUACACUACGUGAUAUUUAUAUCGGAGGUUCAUAUUCCACACAAAAUCAAACAUGGCGUGAAAGUGUUGCGAUACCAUUAUUAAAUCAAUACGGUUUAACGUAUUACUUGAGUCAUUUGUAUGAAAUAACGGAUCCGUUAUCUGGUAUGCCAGAUGGUAUGAGUGAGGCAGAUGUUGAUACAAUGUUGGAGAAUAUUAAGAAUCAUACAAAUAUCGAAGCGGAUAUGGAAAUGGAAUUGAAAAUGUUACAAAAUAGUAAAGUUUUAUUAUUUGUGAUAACAUCGAAUUCACGGUCAAUUGCGUCGAUGUUGUUGGCAGCUUAUUGUAUUGGAUUGAAGAAAUAUGAUAUUAUAUUAUGUGUACAAAAAUUACCGGAAGAUAAUUGUAAACUUGGAUCUGAAGAGUUAACAAAAUAUGCAAUCAAAGAUUACAACAGAAGUCGAGCAUAUUUAUCAGAUAUGGCGAAACGAGAAGAAAUUCCAGUAUUUGAAUGUAUAAAUGAGGCUGUACAAUGUGCAAUUGAGCAUACUUUACAAAGGUAAAAUUGAAAUAAUGGACCACACUCAUUUAUAUAAAAUUUGAUCAAUACGGCAGCAAGAUAAAAAGGAAAGAGGAGCCUUUACAUAGAUUGUACGAUAUUCGUACGGAUACAUUUUCGAGAUGAUGUUUUUAAUACCUGAUAUUAAGUUAUUUUUUUUAGUUUUUAAUUACUUGAAAUGUAUCGAAUGUUUGUAAAUUUGAAACGCUUUCAGAAAGUAGUACUGUUUUUAAAUAAUUGUUGAAUCUGUAAUGUUUACCAAACAGUUCUGAACCCAGGACCUUUUGUUACGAUUAUUUAAAAAAAAUAAAUGGUAUACAUUAUAGAUUUGUAGGACUUUUGCAAAAUUUUAUUUGC